AACUGAUUGUGGAAUAGUCUAACCAGAUACAAUGUUGAGUAAAGUAGGUCACCAUCAUCCUAACAAUAUGCGUUGGCGUAAAAAGCCUGAUAAUCGUAGACUACAAGCAUACAGAACUGUACUUAAUUUCAGCCCACUUGAAGGAACAGCUCGUUUUCCCAAAUUGGAAGAUUGUUCCCACUUCCAUUAUGGCUUGGUUUCAUUCAGAGAACUUAAGUUGAAACUCUGUGAAAAUGACCCCAAUAGAUGUCAGCACAGUUAUCAUGAAACAAAAGAACAGACCUACCUGGUUGAAGUAUUAUCAGCGAAAAAACAAUGGACAGUUUGCCGAACCUACAGUGACUUUUGUAUGCUUGACAGACAACUUCAUGAGUGCGUUUAUAACCGAAGGUUUAGUGACUUGCCAGAACUUUUGCCAGAAGAACAAAACAAAAAAUCUAAGCAGGAAUUGGUGGAAUUACUGAGUCAGUACCUCAAGCGGUUUUCAGGGCUUGCCACCUGUUUAAUAAACUGUGGUUUAGUUCUUAAAUGGCUGGAGAUUGAUAACCUUGGCAACCGGCUGGUAACAAUGGACAACGGUGGCAUCAACACUCCAGCUGUUGCUGUUGCCCAUGCGAUCAAACGUUAUAAUGCUCAAGCUGUAGAUGAGAUAUCACUUGAGGUUGGAGAUAUUGUAUCGGUGAUAGACAAGUUUACCCCCGAUGUCUCAUCGUGGUGGCGAGGAAAGAAAUACUUUGAGGUUGGUUUCUUUCCAAGUGAAUGUGUAGAAAUAAUGGAAGACACGAUUCCUCCUUUUGUUAUAUCAAGAGUACUGAAACCAUCCAUUGUAAGAGAAACAUCUCUUCGUAAGCGUGGAUUGCUGAGAAUAUUAUUCAGGACAUUUAGGUCCAAUAAUAAAGUAUUUGGAAGUGACCUAACAGAGUAUCUGCUGAAAUCAGAGUGUGAUGUGCCACCAGUGGUGGAGAAGUGUACAGAAUUGAUUGAACAAUGCGGUAUUGUCGACAGUAUUUACCGCAAAGCAGGAGGAAAAUCACAUCUCAAGAAACUCAGGCAUGAGUUCAACAAGGGUCAUGAUCCUGAUCUGGUGGCUGAAUCGAGGAGCAGGAUUCAUACUAUCAGCUCCCUACUGAAGCUGUAUUUCCUCGAACUGCCGAAUCCACUUCUCACACACCAGCUGUAUGACAAGUUUAUUGAUGCCAUCAGUGACCAAAGAUACAAAUUAACGAAGUUACGUAAUGUUCUACAACAGCUUCCAUUGCAACACUUCAGAACUGCUGAAUACUUAAUGAGGCAUCUGGCUUAUGUAAUAGAACGUGACAGGCAUACUAACGUGAAGUUGAAAACCAUGGCUUUCCUUUGGGCCCCAAUUCUUCUUAGGUCUGCUGACAUGGAUCUGGAUGUGGUAGCCAGUGCUAAGCAGAGUGUUGUUAUUGAGUGUCUCAUCUGCUACAGCAGUCUUAUCUUCAAUGAGAAAGUUGCGCUGUAUUCCGUGUCCGACUUUCACACAUGUAAAGCAAAACCUGACAUGAAGUUGUUAAAUAUGUCAAAGUUGGAACCUGUGAUGACCUUAGAACAGGCGAGACAGAAGAAUGAGAUUAUCAAUAUCACACCAGUACGCGAUCCAACUCAGGUAUCAAACUCUUAAACAUCAGUAACAACUUAUCACUGGACUGUGGUGAUAACCUGCAAAACAGUGAGGAUGAAAUGUUAGUAUUCUUUACAAGAGAAAUAAUGUGGACAAAUUCACUACUGAUCAUAUUGGGACUUCUGGCUACUGUAUAGUACGCAACUCCAGACCAGUCCAUAAUGAGAAUAUUAAAUCAAUAAUUACUGGUAAAUAAAUAUAAAAACAAAUAA